CCGCUACGACCUCCUCAGCCUCGCGCUCCCUUCCGCACCUGUGCUCCCUCGCCGCGCACUCGACCAUGCGCCGUUCCUCCUCGCGGGCGCCACGAGGCUCGCGCAGCAGCAAGGCGCAGCUCGUCGCCUUUGUCUCGUGCGCCGUCGCGGCCGCCUCGCUCGCUGGCAGCGCGGCGGCGAGCAGCGCGGGGCGGCCCCGCGGCGUCGCUCCCGAGGACGCUGCCCUCUACGCGCAGCCCGCGCACGGCGCAUCGUGGCGCUGUCUGACAAGCGGCGAGAGCAUUCCCUGGAGCGCCGUCAAUGACGACUACUGCGACUGUGCCGACGGCAGCGACGAGCCAGGCACCUCGGCGUGCCCCAACUCGCGCUUCUACUGCAUCAACGAGGGCCAUCUGCCGGCCUUCAUCCCCUCAUCGCGCGUCAACGACGGCAUCUGCGACGAGGCGUGCUGCGACGGCAGCGACGAGACGAACGGCACGGCUGCGUGCCCGAACCGCUGUGCCAAGAUUGGCAAGCAGUACCGCAAGAAGCUAGCCGAGGCGCAGAACAUCCAGCGGGCAGGCAGCAAGAUCCGCGACCGCUACAUCUCGGACUCGAAGAAGCACCUGGAGAGCACGAGUGCCGAGAUUGCCAAGCUGGAGGUGGAGCUCGAGGUGGCCAAGGAGAAGGAGAGCCGGCUGCGCGCCUCCCUGGAGCUGGCGGAGCGGGCGGACCGCGGCGUGAUUGAGAAGAAGAAGGCCAGUCCGUUGUACGCGACGCUGCGGAAGCACCAGGAGGCCAUGAGUGCGCUGCUGGAGCGCUCCUCGCGGCUCACGAGCGAGCUGCAGCGCCUGACGGAGCUGCUCGACGAUCUGUCGAACGGGUACAACCCCAACAACCAGGACAUGGCGGUCAAGGGCGUCGUCAUGGACUACCGCAAGUGGCGGCGUGCCGGCGGCGACACGUCGGACGUGGCAGAUGAUGAGGCGGCAAAGGUGGAGCGUAACGUGCAGCUCGAUAGCUUGCUGGACGAGGGCGCCUGGCCGGCCAGCAGUGUGCAGGAGCUCUCGGACAGAGAUCCGCUUGAGUUGAUGGACGAUGCAGACUACCCCGCAGACCCGAAGGACUCGGGCAUCCUGUAUCGCAUCCACGAGUACCUGCCCGACGCCGUCGUGCCGUACUUUGAGGCGGGCGUCGACACGCUGCUCGACCUGCUCAUCAAGGCCAACGUCAUCUACGACGUCAAGCGGACACGGCGUGCGGCCGAGGAGGGCGAGCCCGAGAACGUGUCGACCGCCCGCGCGGCGCACCAAAAAGCAGACGACGCCGUGCACGCGCUGCAGCGGGAUCUGGAGAAGAAGCGCGCCGAUCUGGCGCCCGACGAGAAGUGGGGGCGGGAGAAUGAGUUCCGCGCCCUCGAGGGCAAGUGCGUGAGCAAGAACAUGGGCGAGUACACGUACGAGUUCUGCUUCUUCGGCAGCACGAAGCAGAAGCCCAACAAGGGCGGGCCGACGGUGGGGCUGGGCUCCUUUGCACGCUUUGAGCCGCGCGACAAGAAUGCCACGCCGGCCGACGAUGCGUUCUACCUGCGCCAGCUGUACGACAAUGGCGCUCGCUGCUGGAACGGUCCCGCUCGCUCGUCGCUGGUCGACCUCACCUGCGCCACGGAGAAUGCGCUGCUCGAUGUCUUCGAGGCCGAGAAAUGCAUCUACGCCAUGAAGGUCUCGACGCCGGCAGUCUGCAUGCCUCUCACCUCUUCCCCCGCCGCGGCCGCUGGCGCAGCAGACGCGGGCAGCGUGCGCCACAGCGAGCUCUGAUGCAUUGCUGGGAUGCUCCGAAUACCAACUUGUCACUCUGCCUCGCCUG